AUGGAAAAACAAAAUUACUCCACAGUGUCUGAGUUUAUUUUGCUGGGACUCACAGAUGUUCGUGAGUUACAGAUUUUCUUUUUCUUUUUUUUUUCCAUUGUCUAUAUAUCCACUGUAUUAGGUAACCUCACCAUUAUCUUGGUAGUGAAACUGGACCCUCAAUUGCACUCUCCCAUGUACUUCCUACUGGCCAAUCUCUCCUUUAUUGAUAUGUCCUUGGCCUCCUUUGCUACUCCUAAAAUGAUCUUCAAUUUAAUUAGUGCAUAUAAGGCCAUCUCUUUUGAAGGCUGCAUGGCCCAGAUGUUUUUUCUUCACCUUUUUGGUGGGAGUGAGAUGAUGCUGCUUGUAUCCAUGGCAUUUGAUAGAUACAUUGCAAUACGCAAACCCCUCCAUUAUAAAAAUAUUAUGAGCUAUCGUGUUUGCAUCAUUCUUACAGUUCUCUCCUGGACAGCCGGUUUAGUGCACACUACGAGCCAAAUGGUUUUCACAGCAACUUUACCAUUCUGUGGUUCCAAUGUCGUUAAUAGUUUUUUUUGUGAUCUGCCUCGGGUGAUCAAACUUGCCUGCACUGACACCUACAUCUUGGAACUCUUGAUCAUUGCAUUCAGUGGAGUGCUCUCUUUGUUCUGUUUCAUCAUUCUGUUCAUCUCCUAUAGCAUCGUCCUGAUGACUGUCCAGCAUCGCUCAUCCAGUGGGUCAUCGAAAGCUCUGUCCACCCUUUCAGCUCACAUUACAGUGGUAGUACUGUUCUUUGGACCUUGCAUUUUUAUUUAUGUGUGGCCAUUCAGCAAUGUCUCUGUUGACAAAAUCCUGUCUGUGUUUUAUACAAUUUUUACUCCCCUUUUAAAUCCAAUCAUCUAUACAUUCAGGAAUAAAGACAUGAAGAAAGCAAUAAGAAAAAUAAAGGCCAGGCAUGUGAACUCCAGAUCAAACUUUUAA